AUGGGACCCCACGAUCUCAGUUCUGGCCGCAAUGCCAACGCACCAUUCGAUGAAUCAGCCACCUCAUCUCCGGGCAUGCAAAGCCCAGUCGAUACGCCCUCCCAGGAGAAAUCCAACGCUCUAGACCGACCGGAGGACAUCUUGCCCAGAGACCGACAGCAGAAAACGGCCACCUACGACUAUGCCUACGAGAAGUCCCUGAGUCACGCGGAAGCGAGACUCUUCUAUCAGCAUCACCAGUUGGCCGCACGUAACGAGACCGUGCCCCCAAGUCCAGUGGUGCCUGCUCAGACCGACACACACCCUGAAGGCCCGCAACUCGAGCACCUUGGGGCAAUGAGUCCUAAUCGGGGAUCCAGCGAAGGAUCAGUUGUCGCAGAAUCUGACCCAGCCAUGCUGCUCCUUCAAUCCGAGCCUGAAGACCCACAGCCACAGGCGUCGCACUACCUGGAAGAGGACCAGGAGGCGGCAAAUGGCUCCGCGCAGAACCAGGCGGCACUAUUGAGCGCCGUCCACGGGCAGGGCCCAUACCAGGCUGCGGCAGAGGGGUUGCAGGGCACCGGGCUGGGCAUCGGACACGCGCAGGUCGCCAGUGGCUUCACAUCGAAUAACGCAGCGGUGACCUCGGAGUUGAGUGCCAUCUACCGCAAAAUUAAGAAGCUGCUGGAUCGUCGAGCUCAGUACAUGGAACUGUCCUUGCAGGGACCGGGGAAUGACCCUAGGGAUCAGCCGGACUGGGAAAUCUAUCCUCCUCCCCCGGAACCAGCGUGGGAUGAUGGCAAAGAGUACCAACCAGGUAAUGCCGGAGGACCAUCCGACCUCAAUGGGAAGAAGAGAAAGAUGGGCCAAGACAUCGGGGAGGACUUUGAUAUGCAGGAACUUCUGCCGCUGCCCGAUGAAUCAUCAUGGACCUAUAGACUCGAUGGCAACAGUGUCUAUCAAGUCUUUGAAUCAGAGGUCGCCGCCGACGAACAGAAGCCAAUAGUCCACAUACCAUCGCUACGGGACUUCUACAUGGACUUGGAUGCGGUGGUAGAUGUGUCGACGGAUGGACCAGCCAAAAGCUUUGCCUUCAAGCGGCUCUCGUACCUGGAAGGCAAAUUUCAGCUCUACACCCUGCUGAACGAAUACCAGGAGAUGGCGGACAGCAAGAAGGUCCCACACAGAGACUUUUACAAUGUUCGAAAAGUCGAUACUCACGUGCAUCACUCUGCGUGCAUGAACCAGAAGCACUUGCUUCGGUUUAUUAAAAGCAAGAUGAGAAAAUCACCGGACGAAGUGGUUCUUUUCCGUGAUGGAAAACACUUGACUUUGAAAGAGGUCUUUGAAAGUAUCAAUCUUACGGCUUAUGACUUGAGUAUCGACACGUUGGACAUGCAUGCACACACGGACUCUUUCCACCGAUUUGACAAGUUCAACCUCAAGUACAACCCAGUCGGGGAGUCUCGAUUGCGGGAAAUCUUUCUCAAGACCGACAACUAUAUCAAGGGCCGUUACCUGGCAGAGAUCACCAAAGAAGUGAUCUCCGAUCUGGAAUCCAGUAAAUACCAAAUGGUAGAAUGGCGGAUUUCGAUCUAUGGUCGUUCUAUCCAAGAAUGGGACAAGCUAGCGGCGUGGGUGGUCGACAACAAGCUCUUUUCGCCCAAUGUUCGCUGGCUUAUCCAAGUGCCUCGUUUGUAUGAUGUCUACAAGUCCAGUGGCAUGAUGGAGAACUACGAGCAAGUCAUUGCCAACGUCUUCCAGCCAUUGUUCGAAGUGACCAAGGACCCAUCCAGUCAUCCCAAGCUCCAUAUCUUUCUCCAGCGGGUGGUUGGAUUCGACAGCGUAGACGACGAAAGCAAGCCCGAGCGUCGAUUAUACCGCAAGUACCCUAUUCCCCGGGAGUGGAAUACCAAACAGAAUCCGCCCUACACCUACUGGCUGUACUUCAUGUUUGCCAACAUCGCUUCUCUCAACAACUGGCGCAAACGCCGAGGUUUCAACACCUUUGUUCUUCGGCCCCAUUGCGGAGAGGCAGGUGAUCCCGAUCAUCUGGCCGUCGGGUUCCUUUGCUGUCACAGUAUCAGUCACGGAAUCCUCCUGCGCAAGGUUCCCCUUUUGCAGUAUCUCUACUACCUGGAUCAGAUCGGCAUUGCAAUGUCACCGCUCAGUAACAAUGCACUCUUCCUGACAUAUGACAAGAACCCAUGUGCUAGUUUCUUCAAGCGAGGACUCAAUGUGUCUUUGUCGACUGAUGACCCUUUGCAAUUCGCCUUCACGAAAGAGCCUCUCAUUGAAGAAUACUCUGUCGCAGCCCAGAUUUACAAGUUCAGCGCUGUCGACAUGUGUGAACUAGCAAAGCAUUCCGUCGACCAGAGUGGGUUUGAACACUCUCUCAAGGCCAGAUGGCUCGGAUCAGACUGUUCCCUGCCAGGCGUUUCUGGCAACAAUGUUGCGAAGAGCAAUGUUCCAGAUAUUCGCGAGGCCUUCCGGCAUGAAACUCUGCUCGGAGAGUUGUCCCUGUGGGUAAUCCUUCCGCUCGAGCUUCCCGGAGAGCGGGACAAUGCAAGAACGGCCAUUGACAUUACUUCAUAG